AUGGACCCGGUUGGACCAACUGGCCUGUUGGUCCUUUGGACCGGUUGGACCAACUGGCCUGUUGGUCCUAUGGACCGUUGGACCAACUGGCCUGUUGGUCCUAUGGACCGGUUGGACCAACUGGCCUGUUGGUCCUGUGGACCGGUUGGACCAACUGGCCUGUUGGUCCUAUGGACCGGUUGGACCAACUGGCCUGUUGGUCCUAUGGACCGGUUGGACCAACUGGCCUGUUGGUCCUAUGGACCGGUUGGACCAACUGGCCUGUUGGUCCUAUGGACCGGUUGGACCAACUGGCCUGUUGGUCCUAUGGACCGGUUGGACCAACUGGCCUGUUGGUCCUAUGGACCGGUUGGACCAACUGGCCUGUUGGUCCUAUGGACCGGUUUGGACCAACUGGCCUGUUGGUCCUAUGGACCGGUUGGACCAACUGGCCUGUUGGUCCUAUGGACCGGUUGGACCAACUGGCCUGUUGGUCCUAUGGACCGGUUGGACCAACUGGCCUGUUGGUCCUAUGGACCGGUUGGACCAACUGGCCUGUUGGUCCUAUGGACCGGUUGGACCAACUGGCCUGUUGGCCGAAUGGACCGGUUGGACCAACUGGCCUGUUGGUCCUAUGGACCGGUUGGACCAACUGGCCUGUUGGGAUGGACCGGGGGGUUGGUCCAAUGGACCGGUUGGACCAACUGGCCUGUUGGUCCUAUGGACCGGUUGGACCAACUGGCUCUGUUGUCCUAUGGACCGGUUGGACCAACUGGCCUGUUGGUCCUAUGGACCGGUUGGACCAACUGGCCUGUUGGUCCUAUGGACCGGUUGGACCAACUGGCCUGUUGGUCCUAUGGACCGGUUGGACCAACUGGCCUGUUGGUCCUGAAUGGACCGGUUGGACCAACUGGCCUGUUGGUCCUAUGGACCGGUUGGACCAACUGGCCUGUUGUCCUAAUGGACCGGUUGGACCAACUGGCCUGUUGGUCCUAUGGACCGGUUGGACCAACUGGCCUGUUGGUCCUAUGGACCGGUUGGACCAACUGGCCUGUUGGUCCUAUGGACCGGUUGGACCAACUGGCCUGUUGGUCCUAUGGACCGGUUGGACCAACUGGCCUGUUGGUCCUAUGGACCGGUUGGACCAACUGGCCUGUUGGUCCUAUGGACCGGUUGGACCAACUGGCCUGUUGGUCCUAUGGACCGGUUGGACCAACUGGCCUGUUGGUCCUAUGGACCGGUUGGACCAACUGGCCUGUUGGUCCUAAUGGACCGGUUGGACCAACUGGCCUGUUGGUCCUAUGGACCGGUUGGACCAACUGGCCUGUUGGUCCUAUGGACCGGUUGGACCAACUGGCCUGUUGGUCCUAUGGACCGGUUGGACCAACUGGCCUGUUGGUCCUAUGGACCGGUUGGACCAACUGGCCUGUUGGUCCUAUGGACCGUUUGGACCAACUGGCCUGUUGGUCCUAUGGACCGGUUGGACCAACUGGCCUGUUGGUCCUAUGGACCGGUUGGACCAACUGGCCUGUUGGUCCUAUGGACCGGUUGGACCAACUGGCCUGUUGGUCCUAUGGACCGGUUGGACCAACUGGCCUGUUGGUCCUAUGGACCGGUUGGACCAACUGGCCUGUUGGUCCAAUGGACCGGUUGGACCAACUGGCCUGUUGGUCCUAUGGACCGGUUGGACCAACUGGCCAUGGUGGUCCUAUGGACCUGGGUAGGUUGGACCAACUGGCCUGUUGGUCCUAUGGACCGGUUGGACCAACUGGCCUGUUGGUCCUAUGGACCGGUUGGACCAACUGGCCUGUUGGUCCUAUGGACCGGUUGGACCAACUGGCCUGUUGGUCCAUGGACCGGUUGGACCAACUGGCCUGUUGGUCCUAUGGACCGGUUGGACCAACUGGCCUGUUGGUCCUAUGGACCGGUUUGACCAACUGGCCUGUUGGUCCUAUGGACCGGUUGGACCAACUGGCCUGUUGGUCCUAUGGACCGGUUGGACCAACUGGCCUGUUGGUCCUAUGGACCGGUUGGACCAACUGGCCUGUUGGUCCUAUGGACCGGUUGACCAACUGGCCUGUUGGUCCUAUGGACCGGUUGGACCAACUGGCCUGUUGGUCCUAUGGACCGUUGGACCAACUGCCUGUUGGUCCUAUGGACCGGUUGGACCAACUGGCCUGUUGGUCCUAUGGACCGGUUGGACCAACUGGCCUGUUGGUCCUAUGGACCGGUUGGACCAACUGGCCUGUUGGUCCUAUGGACCGGUUGGACCAACUGGCCUGUUGGUCCUAUGGACCGGUUGGACCAACUGGCCUGUUGGUCCUAUGGACCGGUUGGACCAACUGGCCUGUUGGUCCUAUGGACCGGUUGGACCAACUGGCCUGUUGGCCUAUGGACCGGUUGGACCAACUGGCCUGUUGGUCCUAUGGACCGGUUGGACCAACUGGCCUGUUGGUCCUAUGGACCGGUUGGACCAACUGGCCUGUUGGUCCUAUGGACCGGUUGGACCAACUGGCCUGUUGGUCCUAUGGACCGGUUGGACCAACUGGCCUGUUGGUCCUAUGGACCGGUUGGACCAACUGGCCUGUUGGUCCUAUGGACCGGUUGGACCAACUGGCCUGUUGGUCCUAUGGACCGGUUGGACCAACUGGCCUGUUGGUCCUAUGGACCGGUUGGACCAACUGGCCUGUUGGUCCUAUGGACCGGUUGGACCAACUGCCUGUUGGUCCUAUGGACCGGUUGGACCAACUGGCCUGUUGGUCCUAUGGACCGGUUGGACCAACUGGCCUGUUGGUCCUAUGGACCGGUUUGGACCAACUGGCCUGUUGGUCCUAUGGACCGGUUGGACCAACUGGCCUGUUGGUCCUAUGGACCGGUUGGACCAACUGGCCUGUUGGUCCUAUGGACCGGUUGGACCAACUGGCCUGUUGGUCCUAUGGACCGGUUGGACCAACUGGCCUGUUGGUCCUAUGGACCGGUUGGACCAACUGGCCUGUUGGUCCUAUGGACCGGUUUGGACCAACUGGCCUGUUGGUCCUAUGGACCGGUUGGACCAACUGGCCUGUUGGUCCUAUGGACCGGUUGGACCAACUGGCCUGUUGGUCCUAUGGACCGGUUGGACCAACUGGCCUGUUGGUCCUAUGGACCGUUGGACCAACUGGCCUGUUGGUCCUAUGGACCGGUUGGACCACUGGCCUGUUGGUCCUAUGGACCGGUUGGACCAACUGGCCUGUUGGUCCUAUGGACCGGUUGGACCAACUGGCCUGUUGGUCCUAUGGACCGGUUGGACCAACUGGCCUGUUGGUCCUAUGGACCGGUUGGACCAACUGGCCUGUUGGUCCUAUGGACCGGUUGGACCAACUGGCCUGUUGGUCCUAUGGACCGGUUGGACCAACUGGCCUGUUGGUCCUAUGGACCGGUUGGACCAACUGGCCUGUUGGUCCUAUGGACCGGUUGGACCAACUGGCUGUUGGUCCUAUGGACCGGUUGGACCAACUGGCCUGUUGGUCCUAUGGACCGGUUGGACCAACUGGCCUGUUGGUCCUAUGGACCGGUUGGACCAACUGGCCUGUUGGUCCUAUGGACCGGUUGGACCAACUGGCCUGUUGGUCCUAUGGACCGGUUGGACCAACUGGCCUGUUGGUCCUAUGGACCGGUUGGACCAACUGGCCUGUUGGUCCUAUGGACCGGUUGGACAACUGGCCUGUUGGUCCUAUGGACCGGUUGGACCAACUGGCCUGUUGGUCCUAUGGACCGGUUGGACCACUGGCCUGUUGGUCCUAUGGACCGGUUGGACCAACUGGCCUGUUGGUCCAUGGACCGGUUGGACCAACUGGCCUGUUGGUCCUAUGGACCGGUUGGACCAACUGGCCUGUUGGUCCUAUGGACCGGUUGGACCAACUGGCCUGUUGGUCCUAUGGACCGGUUGGACCAACUGGCCUGUUGGUCCUAUGGACCGGUUGGACCAACUGGCCUGUUGGCCUAUGGACCGGUUGGACCAACUGGCCUGUUGGUCCUAUGGACCGGUUGGACCAACUGGCCUGUUGGUCCUAUGGACCGGUUGGACCAACUGGCCUGUGGUCCUAUGGACCGGUUGGACCAACUGGCCUGUUGGUCCUAUGGACCGGUUGGACCAACUGGCCUAUUGGUCCUAUGGACCGGUUGGACCAACUGGCCUGUUGGUCCUAUGGACCGGUUUGGACCAACUGGCCUGUUGGUCCUAUGGACCGGUUGGACCAACUGGCCUGUUGGUCCUAUGGACCGGUUGGACCAACUGGCCUGUUGGUCCUAUGGACCGGUUGGACCAACUGGCCUGUUGGGCUAUGGACCGGUUGGACCAACCUGGCCUGUUGGUCCUAUGGACCGGUUGGACCAACUGGCCUGUUUGUCCUAAUGGACCGGUUGGACCACUGGCCUGUUGGUCCUAUGGACCGGUUGGACCAACUGGCCUGUUGGUCCUAUGGACCGGUUGGACCAACUGGGCCUGUUGGUCCUAUGGACCGGUUGGACCAACUGGCCUGUUGGUCCUAUGGACCGGUUGGACCAACUGGCCUGUUGGUCCUAUGGACCGGUUGGACCAACUGGCCUGUUGGUCCUAUGGACCGGUUGGACCAACUGGCCUGUUGGUCCUAUGGACCGGAUUGGACCAACUGGCCUGUUGGUCCUAUGGACCGGUUGGACCAACUGGCCUGUUGGUCCUAUGGACCGGUUGGACCAACUGGCCUGUUGGUCCUAUGGACCGGUUGGACCAACUGGCCUGUUGGUCCUAUGGACCGGUUGGACCAACUGGCCUGUUGGUCCUAUGGACCGUUGGACCAACUGGCCUGUUGGUCCUAUGGACCGGUUGGACCAACUGGCCUGUUGGUCCUAUGGACCGGUUGGACCAACUGGCCUGUUGGUCCUAUGGACCGGUUGGACCACUGGCCUGUUGGUCCUAUGGACCGGUUGGACCAACUGGCCUGUUGGUCCUAUGGACCGGUUGGACCAACUGGCAUGUUGGUCCUAUGGACCUCGUUGGACCAACUGGCCUGUUGGUCCUAUGGACCGGUUGGACCAACUGGCCUGUUGGUCCUAUGGACCGGUUGGACCAACUGGCCUGUUGGUCCUAUGGACCGGUUGGACCAACUGGCCUGUGGUCCUAUGGACCGGUUGGACCAACUGGCCUGUUGGUCCUAUGGACCGGUUGGACCAACUGGCCUGUUGGUCCUAUGGACCGUUGGACCAACUGGCCUGUUGGUCCUAUGGACCGGUUGGACCAACUGGCCUGUUGGUCCUAUGGACCGGUUGGACCAACUGGCCUGUUGGUCCUAUGGACCGGUUGGACCAACUGGCCUGUUGGUCCUAUGGACCGGUUGGACCAACUGGCCUGUUGGUCCUAUGGACCGGUUGGACCAACUGGCCUGUUGGUCCUAUGGACCGGUUGGACCAACUGGCCUGUUGGUCCUGGCAUGGACCGGUUGGACCAACUGGCCUGUUGGUCCUAUGGACCGGUUGGACCAACUGGCCUGUUGGUCCUAUGGAUCGGUUGGACCAACUGGCCUGUUGGUCCUAUGGACCGGUUUGGACCAACUGGCCUGUUGGCCUAUGGACCGGUUGGACCAACUGGCCUGUUGGUCCUAUGGACCGGUUGGACCAACUGGCCUGUCGUCCUAUGGACCGUUGGACCAACUGGCCUUGGGUCCUAUGGACCG